GAGACCUGUAGCUGUCACUUGUCUUCCUGGUUGUCGGCCGGCUUGGAGCGAACAUGGCAGACUUUUCCGAGAGGUCAGUGCAGGCGGCCGUCGUGGUGUCCUUCCUGGCGGGUUUUGCAGCCGGCUGGCAGGCAAACCGAAUGCGACGGAGAUUUCUCGACUGGCGAAAGAAGAGGCUACAAGACAAACUGACGGAGACGCAGAAGAAACUCGACUUAUCCUGAAAGGUUGACUGUGUGCAGCUUUCCAAAAAUGGAAAGGCGGACUGGUCCUCAUUUGCCGGCGUAAAAGGAAGAACAAGAAAGUUCACAUUUCAAUCGUGGACACACUCAUUCCAAUCGUCUGAACUGCAAAUAUGGAUGGACAAGACUAGCACGGAAACUCAUCCCUCAAAACAACAAUUGUCCAUUAUUCAUGGUCAUUUCUGUUUUUGUUUCCUAUACAUGUUCAUUUUUUGAGUAAAAAAAUGUUUUGCUAUCCAGGUUCAUUUUUUUGAGGGAGAGAAAAAAACAGCAGUUCCUACCCCUUAUGGUCCUCCACUGUGAAGGUCAAAGUUGAGCUUCCCCGCUACGUGCUGAAUGGAGGCACUCAAGACGCUAUGGAUAAAAGCGGCACUCUGAAGCAGACAAGUGGCGUUCGGCUAAAAGCGCUCCCUCCCGUGCGCCGCUACUUUUCAUUUAGCCCAUAAAAGCUUUCGCUGCAGCUUUAUUCGGCCGCCACCAAGGCAGAUUGGGUCUUUUUCCAUAUAUGUUCACUGCAAUGAUAGUGAUAGACAGUGGCACGGAGAGUGGGGUGUUGAGGGUGCUGCAGCACCCCGUUGUGUUGGGGAGGGGUAAGAAGUGUUUUGGUAGAUUAUUUUUUUGUUGUUAAAAAUAAAUCGAUAAAACAAUAGCAUAUUUAUCUUUUGGGGAUUAAAUGUAUAUGGCAGAAAACACUAAGGCGACUUGAAGUUCCGCUCUGAGACCCCCAGUUCGGCCAAAUUUUGAAAAUUGUCCCAUAUGCAUGUGUGCUACGUCAUUGGAAAGCUUAAAAUAUCAAUUUUUCUGUGGGAAGAAAAAUUUUGAACAGGAGGGCAUUUUUAAACAGCAAAACCCUAACUGGAGGUGAGAGCACGCGAGAGCGUAAUUAAAGACUCCAUGAUUUUAACGAGAUAUUAUCGCGUACUUACCUCUUUUCGAUCCAAAAACUCAUGUAGCAUGUAUCACCGAGUUUAAAGACACAGCUGUGAAUGGCCACAAACAGAUUUUUGGGGGAUUUUAUGGGUGAAACACGGUAAUAUAACAAGGGUCGCGAUGCAGAAAUCGCAGACAUCAAGGAGGGGUCCAGAUUUUGUUUUUCAAGUAUUUACCUUUUUAAGCAUUUUUUUCUCAAUUUUUCUUUGUUUGGAUUGAUUAUUAUUCAUCUCAAAUAUCGGGGGAAUGCGACAGUAACAAAAAAAUACAAUUAAGCAAUAGUUAUGAGGUAGAUAUCCAUGACUUAUUUACAAACACUAUUUUUUUCAUUGUGACAAAAUUAUUUUAAAAUUUAAAAGUGUCUUUUUAACUAAAUAUUAGACAUCAAUGAUUCUAAGCUAAAACUGACAUUUUGAAAAAUAUAAUUCUUUUUCUGGCUGGGUUCAAACAAAAGUGGUUACGCUUUGUCUGUAAACGGGGGUCUCCAGAGUAAAACUGACUAAUUAAAAAUAGUUUGGGGACUUAAUGCACCAUGAAUCUGCUUUGGCAGCAUAUAAACAUAUUAUUUUAGCUUAAAAUACAGCAGUUCAUCUUAAAGAGGGGUGCAAAAGCAGAAAACUGCUUUUUCAGACUUGUUUUUUCCGCUGUUAACUCAUUUGCUCCCAAAAAGAUAUAAAUACGUUCUAUUUUUUAAUUGUUUCAGUGUCCCAAAAACUUAUUUAUACGUCUUUUAUGUUUUUUUAACAAGAGACAUCUAAGCUCUGAUUCAACUUAGCUCCAAAGCACAAAGCUGAAAACCCAGUUUAAAGCAAUAAAACUGGGCUCUGGAGGGCAGUAGCGCAUUUGGUAAGACACCCAACCCGAUUCGCCGGAACGAACGGCCGGCGAAAGACGACUGAAUGGGUGUCCAGGAUGCCAGGUGGCAGACGACCGAGCAGGACAACCGGGAGGACGCCCAGGAUGCCAGGCGCUGGACGACCGAGCAGAAAGAUCGGGACCACUAGUGCAGGGGACGAUGCCGUUAAGUCCGUGCUGGAAAGACAAAAAAAAAAUCCAUCUUUAUGAGACUUUUUUUUUACAUUUUCAUUGCCUCCAAAAUACUUUUUCCAUGUUUUUCCCCUCUCAUACUUUGUAACAUUGUGUUUUCUUGUGGUAGCUUUAAAGCAGAGUGUUGAUCUGUUGGCCGCAUUGGUCACGUAGCGUAUUUAAACCGUCCUUAUUUGAUAUAACUACAAUAUUUUCUGAAGGCAUUUUUUUUUGUACAUUCUGCCUGCAUGCAUCUAAACAAAUUAAAAGCGCACGGUAGUACUUUGGGUGUGAAAUUCGCCUCUUGUAGGACAUUUUGGCAGAACACCGGUUAAUAUCUUUUGGCGUAAAUAUCCCAGAAUACAGUAAAGACAGUUGCGGCUUAUAGUCCAGUGCAGUUUAUCGAUGAACAAAUGCCGUUUUCGUGUUAAAUUUGGUGGGUGACGGCUUAUAGUCCGAAAAUUACAGUAAUUUUUUGCCCAUAUAUCUGUACUUUUACAAAAGUAAAAAAAAAAAAAAAAAAAAAAAAAAGAGUGAGUACUUCAUCCACCACUGUUUGGACGAGAAACAUUUACUAUUCACCAUUGGAGCAGAAUUGCAGUGAGGCCAUUUUGACACUGGGUGGCAAUGUUUGCACGUGUGAAAACGUUCACAGACUGCAGCUACUCAUUCAAAUACUUUACGCUUAUUUUACGGUCCCUGACAAAAGUCUUGUCGCUUAUCCAUUUUGUAGAAACAAUUGCUAGUAACCUGACUUUUAAUGAUUCAAUUGCUUUCAGAAAUGGCUCAUAUGAAAGCUAAGACCCCCCCAAAUGAUGUUGAAUGCACAAAAAUAUAUUUGUUUCACUGAAAAAAGAUUUAUUAUUUAAUGAAUACCGAAAGGUCAAAUUUUGGCAAGGCAAAAGUUUUGUCGGCUAUAGAAUGUAGUGUGAAAAUUGAACAAAAAAUGUACUUCAAAUACAAAAAUAUGUUACAUACCAUAAGCGAAUGAAGUAGUGGUGCU